AUGGAAGGAUGUGUUGAAGGUGGCAGGGCUAUAACAACACCAACACCAACACCAUCAUCAUCAAAGCUCUCCAACCGUUGGACUGGAGCCGCAGGUGGUGCUGCUGCCAUGGCAGAGUUGGAGAGUUGCAUAUUUAUGAUUAUCUGUUACUUGCUUCAUCAAAGUAAAUGCUGCAUGACAUUAAUAAAAUUGUGGUUGACGAUUGGUGGGAGGUCGAAGGUUCGACUCCUAUCAACAACCUACCUGUAUGGGCGUGUGCAGGCGUUCCCGUGUCUGGGUCUGGCACGUGGUGCAGGAACUCUGCUAAUUGAGCCCAAACCUCAAGAACCCACCAAACAUCAGUAUGACUGGGAUCCUGCAACAUCAGCUAAUUUCUUGAGAAAGUACGACCUUCUAGAUGAAUUUAAACUUAACAUCGAGUGCAACCAUGCCACCCUGUCAGGACACAGUUGUCAUCAUGAGCUUGAAACUGCAAGAAUCAACGGUUUACUUGGAAACAUUGAUGCAAACACUGGAGACCCACAGAUUGGCUGGGAUACAGACCAGUUUCUGACAGAUAUUGGAGAGGGAACAAUGGUUAUGAUUAGCGUGAUCAGAAAUGGAGGGUUGGCUCCCGGGGGAUUCAACUUUGAUGCGAAAUUACGGAGAGAGAGCACAGAUGUUGAAGACUUGUUCAUUGCUCAUAUUUCUGGGAUGGAUACUCUGGCCCGUGGUCUCCGAAAUGCUGCAAAGUUGAUUGAGGAUGGUUCGUUGGGCGAGCUUGUUAAGAAGCGAUAUCAGAGCUUUGAUUCUGAAAUUGGGCAACAAAUUGAGGCGGGUAAGGCUGAUUUUGACUUCCUUGAGAAGAAAGCCAUGGAGUGGGGAGAACCCAAGGUUCCUUCUGCCAAGCAGGAACUAGCGGAGAUGUUUUUCCAGUCUUCCCUAUAGAGAAUUAGUAUCAUGUAGCGCUCAACUAAUGACUUUUUUUUCCCUUUACCUGCUUAUCUUCCCAUAAAGAGUACAUUACAACAUUUUACUAAUAAUAAUACAAGCUCGUUG